GCCAUUCUAACUUCACAAGUUCGAAAUCUUUUCCCUCUCGAUCCCCAACACCGUUCAGUGGCAAAACCAAUCCCGACCGCCGGUCUCCACCGAUCAAUGCCUGGUUUCGGGAUUCGCUUCGUUGUGUCGUUCUCAGAUGAACUUGAACUUCCCUUCAUUAUGUCAUUACAGUAAUGGAUCUUGAUGGCAGAAAGUUUGGAAGGGGGCCGAGGGAACUUGGUGGUGCUGUUGAUCUCAUAAAUAAAUACAAGCUUUUGCUUCAUCAUGAGUUCUUUUGCAAGAGGUCACUUCCUUUGUCAAUCUCACAGACACACUAUCUACACAAUGUGGUGGUAGACACUGAGAUCAGAAAAGGAGAAGGGAUGGAAUUGGAUCAGGCUUUUCCAAAUAUUUCCUAUUUGCAAAAGCGAAAUGCAAAUAUACAUCCUUUGAACUUGGACGAACUCAGGAAUGCCUUUCUGAUGAGAGAAACUCCUGUCUACCUGUCUGUUGCUGAGAAGGGGAUCUCAACUGCAGGGGUGAAGUCAAAUAGAGACUUUAGAGAUAAGGAGAGGAAGCCAAAAAAGAAUCAAGAUGAUGACAACAAGAAAUAUAAGGGUGGUAAGAAGCACAAACACCGUCACAAAGGACAAGAGUGAUUGUAAGGUAAAAAUUUAAAUGAGCAUCACUAUUUGAAGCAGCAAGAUAGGUAUCUUUCUUUUCUCCUCAUAGUCAUGAAUGUGGUUGCUUAAGUCCAUCUUCUAUUGUUUUGGAUGAUAACAUUUUUUAUUAGGCUAUAAAUUCUGGAAUCACAUGUAAUUCAUUAGCCUUUGAUACUGAUGGCACUUCCACUCCUCGCAAGUAUGGAGUGAUGGGUGGGAUUGCUGGUUCAAAUCGUAUCGGGUGCUCGAGUUAAUUUCCAACUGGCAUGUAUGUAUACUGUAUAUUCAAACUAUACCUUUUUAA